AUGUCCCUCGGCGAUACCAGUUUUGCCCGUUACGACGACGAAUUCCAGCGACUCCAAGCGCAAAUCCGCAGGUCGCUCGAAGAAGAACCGCCAAAUCAGUACACCCGGAAUCUGCUGCAGCAAUGCGACGAUCUUUUGCAGCAAAUGGGCAUAGAAGCGCGUUCGGUCGGGGACGCCACGAUGAAGCGCGACUUGCUGCACAAGGUCCGGACGUACAAAUCGCAGUACCAAUCGUUGCAAGCGCAGUCGGAGCGACAAGGACUGAUCGGGAGUACUACGACCGGCAGCGAUCGUAAUCAACAGGAGCGUAUGCGGCUACAGCAGAACGAAGACGCCCUGCAUUCGCAGAACGAAACCCUCGAUCGGGCCCGACGGACGAUGCGGGAGACGGAAUCGGUCGCCCUCGAAAUUACCGAAGAACUGGGCGCCAACCGCGAAAAACUCGUCGGUGCACAUGGUAGAGUCCGGGAGAUGUCGGGCCUCACCGGCCGAGCCACGCGGAUUUUACAGGCCAUGAAUCAACGAGCCACGCAACAGAAACUCAUCAUGUACGGUGUCGCGGUGGGACUCGUCUUGGCAUUUUUUGUCAUGCUAUACAGAAUCUGGCGUUGA